ACUGCUGCGAACCACUUUCAACAUCGUCCCCAUACGGAUUCCCCAGCCGGGAGCGUACGCUCGUCUUGACCCUUCUCCAGGCGUUUAGCCGCUCCCACAUCUCAAUAUUAGCCAAAGCACUUUCUUCCACAUACAUGUGCGCGCUUGAACCGCAAGCGGCAUCCUCAUCCAUCGCGUUGUUACACCUAAGGAUCUGAAAGCAGUGCCAGAUAUCGCAUAGCUCUGCUGCUUUGCCCCCCACCUCUCCUGAGAACCUCAGGUGUUACCAUGUUCCUGCACUCGUUAUCUAGCCUCAAGCCUUCCCGCACGACAUUAAGCAUCCUCACCAUCCUCCCAUUUCGAACUUCUGCAUCGUCUCAACUCAAGACCCUAGAUACAACCACGCGGAGACUAUCGUCCUUGGAUUUGGAAUUUGAACUUGGUCGGCAAGAUGUCCUUUGUUGGCCUCGAAAGGUGUCUUCAACAUAUCACUGCCUCCAAGGUCGAGUCUACUAGUUUUCAUGAUGAUCAAAGCCUCACCUGGGGCGGGUGACCCCAAAGGCGCACUCGGCUACAUGCUAGUGAUUUUGGAAUUGCCGUAUGUA